CUGAAAUAAAUUGAUAAAUUAUAGCGAAACAUAUAAACAUUUCUGACUCCAUAUAAUCCGCCCGUGAUACAUGGUCCAUAUUAGGAAAACUUUAGUAGUAGUUGUAUGGAGAAGAGAGGUGGAACUUUUUUUCCUAAACAACAAGAGAUAAUUCUCAAAAAAAAAAAAAAAUCUCAAGAGAUAAAAGUUUUCCAGCUUUAACAAAGGCUAAGAGAGUAGAAUGCAAUCAUCAAAUGAAAAAGCCUUUGAACUUUUUUGUUAUCUUCUUUUUGUACUACUAGGGCUAUUUGGUAACCAAGUGUUUUGCAUCGAAACUCGAGUGAACUCCAGUUUGAAUCUCAGAGUGACCGGAUCUGCGCAUCCAUCUACGUUACCUGUGGAGACAACAUUCAAGUUUCCUUCUCCAUUGCAUGCUAUCCCUCCAGGUGGUGGUGAGAGAAACUUUGGGAAAGGCAAAAUAGAUCUGGGAGGUCUUGAGGUAAUCCAAAUCUCCAUCUCAACUUCGACGUCGCAGAGAGUAUGGAGAACUUUCGAGAGAGGACCUGGUAACAUGGGAGUCAGCAUCUUCCAGCCCAUCAAUCUUCCUAGUGGUUUCUUCACCCUUGGUUUCUAUGCACAACCCAACAACCGUAUGCUUUUUGGUUGGGUUCUUGUUGCAAGAGACUUAUCCGGGAAUAGCUUGAGACCACCCCUUGACUACAUCGAAGUCGGGAACACUACCUCCCUCGCCGUUAAGCAAGACGGGCCUGCUUAUUUUUGGCAGCCUUUAUGUCCCAGUGGGUAUGGAGUGGUUGGCCUAUUUGUCACUACGUCUCCUUUGAAGCCCCCUCUAAGACAAGAAUCUAUAAGCUGUGUUGGAUCCCAUCUUACGGAAGAGAGGAGCGAAGCUGAUACAACAUGGGUGUGGACGAUGGAAGGGAUUACUUUUUCUGGUUUGAGACCGGCCAACAGAGGAACAGAAGCGACAGGUGUGUACGCAGGGACAUUCAGCUUUCAGCAACAAUACUUUCCUCGUCCAUUUUUGUCCUGCUUGAGGAAUACAAAAUUUGACUUGUCUAGCAUGAUGCCAAGCCAAGACCAGACUAGAGUUUUGUUUCGAGCUUACUCUCCUUUGAUAUAUUUCCAUCCCGAAGAAGAGUUUCUUCCUUCCUCUGUCGAUUGGAUUUUCUCCAACGGUGCCUUGUUAUACCAGGAAGGCAACGAAUCUAACCCCGUCCCUGUACAACCCAACGGUUCAAACCUUCCCCAAGGCGGCUCGGACGAUGACUUAUACUGGCUGGACUAUCCGGCCGAUAAGAAGGCAAGGGAAAGGGUUAAGAGGGGAGACUUAGGAAACACAAAGGUGUAUCUACACAUCAAGCCAAUGUUUGGAGGCACUUUCACUGACAUUGUCGUCUGGAUAUUCUCUCCUUUCAACGGCAAUGCCCGACUCAAGAUUUUAUUCAUCAAGAGUUUGUCACUAGGAGACAUCGGAGAACAUAUUGGAGACUGGGAACACGUUACUUUGAGGAUCAGUAACUUUAACGGUGAGUUGUGGCGCGUCUACUUCUCAGAGCAUAGUGGAGGAAGUCUAGUAGAGGCAUGCGAUCUAGAGUUCCAAAGUGGAAACAAACCCGUGGUUUACGCCUCUCUUCACGGCCACGCAAUGUUCUCGAAACCAGGACUUGUCUUGCAAGGCCAAGACGGAAACAACGGCUUAAGGAACGACAUGGCUAGAAGUGACAAGUUCUUGGAUGCAGGUGUUGAUUACGAGGUGAUCGGAGGACCAGGAAUCACGGAGCCACCGUGGCUGAACUAUUUUAGGAAAUGGGGACCAAUCGUUAGACAUGACGUUGAAAAGACCCUUGACAGUAUCGCCAAGACACUGCCUCAACUUUUGCGUAAAAGAUUCCGUGACCUCGUUCACAGUAUUCCUCCCGAAGUGCUUCAAGAGAUGGGCCCCACUGGUCCCAAAGUCAAAAAGUCUUGGUCUGCUGAUGAAUAAAAUAAUAUAUUUAUUCAGAUCCAAAAGACUAAUAUAAAAUCAUUGUUUUCUAAACUUUUUUUUUGUUACAGCAAUUUUAGGUU